AUGCUCUACGGAUCCAGCCCCGAGGCGGCGACACGUUUUCUCAGCUUCGUGAACGCGUCUCCGACGCCGUUCCAUGCCGUGCACAACGCCGCAGUACGUCUGGAGAAGGCGGGCUUCAGCAAGAUUAGGGAGAAGGAUGAGUGGGAGAAGACCGUGAAGCCUGGGGGGAAGUACUACUUUACACGCAAUCAGGCAGCCCUGAUCGCCUUCACCUUGCCCAAGUCCUGGAAGGCUGGCACUGGCUUGAGCAUUGUUGGCACCCACGUCGACAGCCCCAAUUUCCGGGUUCGUCCGAUUUCCAAGCGCGAGAAGGCUGGGUACCUGCAGGUCGCAGUAGAGACUUAUGGCGGCGGUAUUUGGCACUCGUGGCUAGACAGAGAUCUGUCCAUUGCUGGCAGGAUCAUCCACUCCACCAAGAACGGUGGCUACGAGUCCAAGCUUGUCAAGGUUGACCGCCCCAUCCUGCGGAUCCCCACUCUUGCUAUCCAUCUGGAUCGCGGCGUCAACGACAACCUGAAGAUCAACCAGGAGACCGAGCUCCUCCCUGUCCUCGGGAUCGUUGAGAAUCAACUCAACGCGAAGAAGGACGAUGCGAAGAAAAGCGAAAAGGUGUCUGCGCAGAGCGUGCAGGAGAACCACCACUCGGAUCUCAUGACACUACUUGCGGACGAGAUGAACGUCGCUGCGGAUGAGAUCUACGACUUCGAGCUCUCCCUCUACGACACCCAGCCUGCCGUUCUUGGUGGCUUGAACAAUGAGUUCAUCUUCAGCCCGCGUAUGGACAACCUCGUGUCCUCCUUCUGCGCCGUAGAAGCCCUCGCUUCCACCCCGCCCCCCGCCACCGGCAACGUCUCCGUCAUCGCCCUCUUCAAUCACGAAGAAAUCGGCUCCGUCUCCACCACCGGCGCCGAAUCCAACCUCAUCCCCACCCUCCUCGCGCGCCUCAACCCCACGCCCACCGAGCACGGUCUCUCGGUAGCGAACUCCUUCCUCGUCUCCUGCGACAUGGCGCACGGCGUGCACCCCAACUACACGUCGAAGUACGAGGAGGGGCACAGGCCGAUGCUGAACGGCGGCGUGGUGGUGAAGACGAAUGCGAAGCAGCGGUAUACGAGCGAUGCGGUGACGACGUUUUUGGUGAAGGCGUUGGUGGAGAAGAAGGGUGGGCGGGUGCAAAACUUUGAGGUUCGGAAUGAUAUGGCCUGCGGCUCCACCAUCGGCCCCUUCCUUUCCAAGAUGGGCAUCCGCUCCGUCGAUGUUGGCAACCCCAUGCUCUCGAUGCACUCCAUCCGCGAGACCGCCGGCGCACACGACGUGCAGGCGUGCAUCGACCUCUUCGAGAGCCUGUUCGAGAACUUCGCGGAGGUGGACGCGACGCUGAACGUGGACUAG